UGCAUCAGCGUUCACUGUGAACUGGUCUGAACCACAUUUUCUCGUUGCUUAACAACAAUUUCUUCUCUUUAAUUGUUCGAUUUGCUUGUCAUGUAACGAAUAUUUACAGCAACAUACAUUUACACAACUGAACGCGUUUGUCGGAGAAAAACAAAAACAAUCAAGAUGGGCUGCGCUGGAUUCACCUGCUCCAAGAAUUCCCUGUGCGCGCUCAACAUCCUCUAUGUUAUGGUGAGUUUGCUGAUGAUUGGCAUCGCUGCCUGGGGGAAAUGUUUUGGGCUGGUGUCGAGCUUCCAGGUGGUGGGCGGCAUCAUCGGAGUGGGAGUUUUCCUCUUCUUUGUUGCUCUCGCUGGUCUUCUUGGUGCCAUAAAGCACCACCAGGUUCUGCUGUUCUUCUACAUGAUUAUCCUGUUUCUGGUGUUUGUAGUUCAGUUUUCAGUGUCCAGUGCAUGUCUGGCUAUCAAUGAAGACCAGCAGAAUCACCUGUUGGAGGUGGGCUGGAAUAAUUCACUGACCACUCAAAGGGAUGUGGAGAAGAGCUUGAACUGCUGUGGCUACUCUAGUAUGGACAACAGUGGAAGCUGUGCUGCUCCCUGCUUUCAUUAUAGCACAUGCACUACAUGUGCAGCAAAGAUCCAGGAGCACGCUGGUGAAGUGCUGCGCUUCGUUGGAGGAAUUGGACUCUUCUUCAGCUUCACUGAGAUCCUGGGUGUUUGGCUGGCAUACAGAUACAGAAACCAAAAAGACCCGCGGGCGAAUCCCAGUGCCUUCCUGUAACCCCUCCAGGCUCGAUUCCUGUGAUGAUUUCACUUGAUUUGUCGUGAGCACUUGUCUAACCACUGGGAUUCUUAUUGAAACUUUAUUUAAGGGGAGUGUGUAUUUGAUUUUACCGAAGAGGAGACCAGCCUGUGUGUUCUAGCUGCUAUAUAUAAAUAUAUACAGUAUAAUGUUUUGGAUUUUUCAAGAGUACAGUGUGACAGCAUUGUACAUUAUGAUGCUGUACUUUUGUUUGAAGAAUUCCUCUGAAUGAAAAACAUUGCACCAGUACACCAAAUAUCAAUAUGCAGUAUGCAUAUGAGACACUAAUGGGCUAAACUGCAAAGACCAUUUGGUUAUAAGAUUGCAGUUUUUUUAUUUGGUAUAAAUAAAAUAUGAGCUGCAGUGAUCAAGACUGGCAGUGUGUGAGCAUGACAAUAUUUACACUCUGAUUGGCUGUCGCACUUAAUAUAUUCAGUUGUACGAUGCAUUACUUAUAACAAAACGACACGCUACCAGUUAGCAUCACUGAUAUAGAGAAAAGAAAAGUUGCUCAGAAUCACUACGUUCCAAUAAAACACAUAAACAUGGUUUUCUACCAAUAAACACACUUGCCGAGAAACCUAGGCACAUUAUUUGGAUUAUACUUCACAUUAGUAUGCAAAAGCAAAAGCAUAACCAUCGCAUAUAUAGGCUGAUGGAAGAAUGUUUCCUUGAACAGUUUGAUCUCAGAUUUCAUAUUACACAAUUGUUUAUCUGCCUUUUUUAUUGUGUGUGUGUGUGUGUGUGUUUGUUGUAUUGGCUUGAUUGAUUUGCUUUGGCUUCUUGCAUGUUUCCUCAUUGAAAUGUACAUCCGUACCCAAUAGUUCUGUGAACUAUGCUCUCAAGUGUUUGAAAUGAAAGCAGAAAACAAUAAAGGCUUGGAGGACACAAUUGUCCUUUCACUGAUUUUA